AUGGCCAUAGCUCCAGCAAUAAUCCUUCAGUCAACUCUCGUGAUCAUUGUCACUUUACCUAUGAUAUAUUCCAUGACAGAAGCUGAAGCUUUGGUGAAUCUCAAAAGUACUUUCUCCAACGCUAAAUUAUUGGAUGGUUGGGUGCCCGAUUCUGUACCAUGUAGAGAUCAUGGUCAAUGGGAAGGUAUUGCUUGCAACAACGGUCUUGUCACGGGGCUUCGCCUUGGAGGAAUAGGGUUAGUGGGGGAAAUACACGUUGAUCCAUUGCUUGAACUCAAGGGUCUUCGAACUGUUAGCCUUAAUAACAAUUCUUUCUCAGGUUCUAUGCCAGAGUUCAACCGGAUAGGGUUCUUGAAAGCCUUGUAUUUGCAAGGAAACAAGUUUUCUGGGGAUAUUCCUGGGGAUUAUUUCCUGAGAAUGAGGUCUUUGAAGAAAGUGUGGCUUUCUGAUAACCAAUUCACGGGGAGUAUUCCAUAUUCAUUGGUCGAAAUUCCUCAUCUUAUGGAGUUGCACCUUGAAAACAAUCAAUUUAGUGGAACCAUUCCUAAUCUGAAUACCCCAUCAUUGGAUAGAUUGAAUGUUUCCAACAACAAAUUGGAAGGUGAAGUUCCAGCUGGUUUGUUGAGAUUCAGUGAGAGUUCGUUUUCAGGGAAUGCUGGUCUUUGUGGUGAUAAUUUUGGCAAACCAUGUGAAUUGGAGAGCCCAAGUCCUACUCGUAUUGAUGCAUCAGGUGCACAAGAUAAUGUUGGUGGUCGUGCACAUUUGCCACAUAGGAGUUCCCCAUUGGAGAUUACUGGCAUUAUAAUUGGGAGUGUAGUGCUUAUCUCAAUAGUUGUCUUUUUUAUUGUGAGAUCGAGGCAAAAGAAGGAGGAGAACGUUGAUGUACUUGGAAAUGAUACUGAUGAUGGUGCAGUGGAAGUUCAAGUGACUGCACCAGUGAAAAGGGAUACGGAUGCAAGUACAAGUACAACCACAACAGUCAGAAAAGCAUCGUCCAAAAGGGCAUCUAUAUCUUCGCAAGGUAAAAGCGUUGGAGAACUUGUGAUGGUGAAUGAUGAGAAGGGUUUAUUUGGGUUGCCAGAUUUGAUGAAGGCAGCAGCAGAAGUGCUAGGAAAUGGAGGCUUUGGAUCUUCUUACAAAGCCGUCAUGGCUAAUGGAGUGGCAGUGGUGGUGAAAAGGACCAGAGAGAUGAAUGUGUUGGAAAAAGAUGCUUUUGAUGCAGAGAUAAGGAAGCUUACAACGCUUAAACACGGGAAUAUAUUGACCCCUUUGGCUUAUCAUUUCAGAAAGGAUGAAAAACUAGUGAUCUUUGAGUAUGUUCCCAGAGGCAGUCUACUGUUUUCAUUGCAUGGUGAUAGAGGACCAUCGCAUGCUGAGCUGGAUUGGCCAGCACGUAUAAAAAUUGUACGUGGAAUUGCCGAAGGGUUGCGUUAUCUUCACACCGAACUUGCUUCCUUUGAUCUUCCACAUGGAAAUCUCAAGUCCAGCAAUGUUCUCCUUGGACCUGAGAACGAACCACUGCUUGUAGAUUACGGGUUCACCCGCAUGGUUAACCCUUCAAGUGCUGCACAGGUAUUGUUUGCUUACAAGGCACCCGAGGCAGUACAACGUGGUCAAAUUUCACACAGUUGUGAUGUUUAUUGUCUUGGGGUCGUCAUACUUGAGAUACUCACUGGGAAAUUCCCUUCUCAAUAUCUCAGCACUGGCAAGGGUGGAACUGAUGUGGUGCAAUGGGUUGAAACCGCAAUAUUUGAAGGGAGGGAAUCAGAAGUGCUUGAUCCUGAAAUUGUAGGAUCUAGGAAUUCACUGGGUGAGAUGGAACAACUCCUACGCAUUGGUGCUGCUUGCGCUGAAAGUAACCCUUUACAACGGUUAGAGAUAGAUGAAGCCAUUAGAAGGAUAGAGCAGAUAAGAACCGAGGGUGGCCAAGAAUCAAGAACAAUAGAGGUGCCAUCUGAUAGAGAUGACUAUGAGGAUUCACAAAUAUUUGAGAACCAAGGAACUUUUGACCAAUCACGAAGGAGACAUGGAACAAACAGCUUCGGAAGUGAGGAUAAUAUUGAACUUGGCGGCUCCUAG